AUGUUAACCAAACCGGAAAUAGCCUGUGCCAUCAUUGAAGGUAUAUCAUCUGUGAGAGAAGAUGAAGAACUCCAGGAUUUCGUUGUUGAAGUUGAAGGCACUGAAUUUAAAUGUCAUCGUCUGAUAAUAAGCGCGUGUUCUGGAUUUUUCCGUGGUCUUCUCAGGUCUGGGAUGAAAGAGUCGCAGAAACAAAGAACAAAGCUUGAGGCCGUCUCCAUGGAAACAUUCGCCUCAAUUUUAGAAACGCUCUACACCGGAUGUGAUAAUCUGACACGUGACAACGUGCUAAAUGUAUGGCUGGCUGCAGAUCAACUUCAAAUAACAUUUAUUUUUAAUAAUUGUGUAGAUUUUAUAACAAACAACAUUUCGAAAGAUAACGUCAUCGAAGUUUGGGAAGCAGCGUCUCAAUUAGUGCACACAAACAUUAUAGGGCUUUGUGAAAAGUUUCUUAUUGACCAUACAUCUGUGGAAAAUUGGAAUAUUAUAUAUGAGACAGCGAACAAAUUAGGCUCAGAUUUGAUUUUGUCACAUGUUCGAGAUUUCGUCACGAAAAAUUAUGAAAAAUUCAUCAAUACUGACACAUUUCUGUGUCUUCGGGAAACAUAUUUACUUGACAUAAUAAAAAGUCAAGAUCUGGUUGUAUCUACUGAAGAUAUUGUCGUCGAGUCUAUUUUAAAGUGGGUUAACAAUGGAAGUCUAAAUAAAUCU